GGAAUCAGAAAGGACCACAGAAUCACCCUGAACCAAUCUGAGCCUUGUGUGUACUGUGGUGUUAGUAUCAUGACUCAGAAGGUCAGCGGCUCGCCUUUCCUCAAGCCUUUCUUUCUGAAGACGCCCGUCAGAGUUGCGACCCCCCUGCAGCAGAGGCGCCACACGCUCCCCGCCAGCGAGUUCAGAAACCUCACAUCACAGGACGCCAUCAGCGUGUUUGAAAUCGAAAGAGAAGCGUUUGUUUCUGUGUCUGGAGUGUGUCCACUUACUCUGGAUGAAGUGCUUAAUUUCCUGGGUCAGUGCCCUGAGCUGUCCCUGGGUUGGUUUGAAGAGGGACAGCUGGUGGCUUUCAUCAUCGGCUCCGGCUGGGACAAGGAAAGGCUUUCACAGAAGGCCAUGACUCAGCAUGUCCCAGACACUCCCACCGUGCACAUCCAUGUGCUGUCUGUGCACCGGCACUGUCGGCAGCAAGGAAAAGGCUCCAUCCUCUUGUGGCGCUACUUGCAGUACCUCCGCUGCAUGCCGGGCCUCCGUAGAGCUUUGCUGAUCUGCGAGGACUUCCUGGUGCCCUUUUACCGAAAGGCAGGCUUCAAGGAAAAGGGCCCUUCAGAAAUCUCAGUGUCCAACAUGCAGUUUCAAGAGAUGGAGUACGCGCUCGGCGGGCAGGCAUAUGCAAGGCGGAACAGCGGCUGCUAAUCAGCCCCCGGCUUCAGUUAUUCACCCAUGA